AUGACUGGUUACUUACCCAUUGGCUUUGAGUUUGCUGCGGAGAUUACUUUUCCUGCUGCAGAAGGUACAACUGGUGGUCUCUUGAACGCCAGUGCACAGAUAUUUGGAAUUGUUCUGACAAUGGCAAUGGGCUACGUAAUGCAUGGAAUAAGCACUUUUUGGUGCAAUAUCAUUAUGAGCACCGCCCUUAUUAUUGGCACUAUUCUUACGGCAAUGAUAAAGGAGGACCUAAAAAGGCAAAAAGCACACACAGGCCGUGCUCAUCUUCCAACCUCUGCCACUCAACUCACCAGCUGUACCAUAACCAGCGAAUGA